UACAAUAAUCUCUUAUUAAACACCAAUUAUGAAGCAGCUAAGUUUCGUUCUUCUGGCGAUUACAGCCUUGAUCGUGGAAAGUUAUGGUGCCACACCCGCCAAGAAAUGCAGGGAAGGAGAUUUAAGGAAAACUGAAGUGUGUAUUCUGCAUUGCGAAUAUUCUCAUUACGGUUUCGCCGGCAAUAACUUCAAGAUCGACGAGAAACAUACUAAAAAACUCACUGAUAUCCUAAUCCAAUAUGGUGGCGUUGCAAAGAAUAAAGCUAAAGAUAUACGCAGACAUCUGAGGAAUUGUGCGAAUGAGGCCUUAGCCAGAUCAGCUCUAAACAAGGACCAAAAAUGCACUAGAGUCAUUGACUACUAUCGUUGCGCAGUGAAAACUGAUCUCUUUAGCUACACUAGUUAUGCCACCGCUGUGAUUAAAUAUGAUAAAACCAUAAAUGUUUGAAGAUUAAUAAUAAUAAAAGGCAAAAACUAAAAUAUUGCGAGC